CUCCGGGUCCCCCUGGCCCUUCGGCGCCUCCCGGACGGCCUGAUCCCCGUCCUCGUGGCCCCAUGGUCAAGUCCAAGCAGCUGCGCGACCGCGUCACGCAGCGCGACCUCGCCGCGGGCGCCGACCGCCUGCAGGCCUUUGCCACCGCCAACGGCGGACAGCGCGCGUUUGGCGGCCCGGGCCACAUGGCUACGGUCGACUACAUCUUCAACGAGCUGACCGCUACGGGCGCCUACGACGUCUACAAGCAGGAGCUCACGGCCACGUACAGCGAGGUUGCCGCCAAGGUGCUCAUCGACGGGCAGAAUCAGGAGGCCGGCACCUUCACGUACGCGCCGGGCGGACAGGUCACCGAGACGAUCGUCGCCGUGGACAACCAGGGCUGCACAGCCGCCGACUUUCCGGCGUCGGUGAGCGGCAAGGUGGCGCUCGUGCUGCGCGGCUCGUGCGACUUCGGGACGAAAGUGGCUCUGGGUGGCGCCGCAGGUGCCGCGGCCGUGCUUAUCCGCAACAACCAAGCUGGCGCCAUUUCUGGCACGCUUGGUAGCAAGGAGCGCCCCGAGGGCCCCUACGUGCCUGCUGCUUCGCUCAGCAAGGACCGUGGAGAUGCACUGGCCGCUCGCAUUGCCGGAGGCGAGAGCGUGACGGCCGUCAUCGACAAUGUUGGCAUCACCGAGGACCGCGUGACGUACAACGUCAUUGCCGAGACGAAGGUCGGCAACAAGGACGAGGUGUUCAUGGUCGGCAGCCACACCGACUCCGUCGCCGCUGGCCCUGGAAUCAAUGACAAUGGUAGCGGCACUAUCUCGAUUCUCACGAUCGCCAAGCAGCUGGCACGCUUCCAGGUCAAGAACGCCGUCCGCUUUGGCUUCUGGACGGCCGAGGAGUUCGGCCUGCUGGGCAGCAAGUUCUACGUCGCCAACCUGUCUGAGGCGGAGCGCAACCGCAUCCGCAUGUACGGCAACUUCGACAUGGUCGCGUCGCCCAACUACGUGCUCGGCGUGUACGACGGCAGCGGGCGCAAGUUCGGCAACAGCGGCCCGGCCGGCUCUGCCGAAGGCCAGGAGCUGCUGGAGGGCUUCUUCAAGGACCAGGGCCUCAACAGCGUGCCGAGCGACUUCACGGGCCGCAGCGACUACGGACCGUUCCUGGACGCCAACAUCGCCGCCAUGGGUCUCUUCACGGGCGCCGAGGUGGCCAAGACGGCCGAGGAGGCGGCGCUCUUCGGCGGCACUGCCGGGCAGAGCUACGACCUCAACUACCACAAGGCGGGUGAUGAUCGUUCUAACGUGAAUUUCGAGGCGUGGGUGCCCAACGCCAAGGCCAUUGCCCACGCCGUCGCCACGUACGCGCAGAGCUUCGACAGCCUGCCCGCAAAGGAGCCCGCGCUGGCGCCGGCGCCGUCGGGCGCGCGCAUGGCGCUCGACCAGAACACGCCAAAGGAGGAGCACCGCUGCGGCGAGACGCUCGUCCUCGCAUAAAAUGCCCCCGGCAUCCGGAUCAGUGCCCCCCAAGAGCCUGCCCCGCA